AUGGAUUAUGAACAUGAAGACUUUACCAAACCUGUAGAAUCUUUGGAAUCUAUGCGCCAAAAAUUUGCUCAGAUUGCACAUUCUCUCUCUCACUUUCUGGCAUUACUGCACCAACACAGAACUCUCGUGCCGUGGUCUGCAAUUCACAAAAACUUUAGCAUUCUCCUUUCGCAACUUCAUUCCUUGACAAACACUCUCAUCAGCCAGUCGCAAACACUUAAGACAAUAAAUAUAUUUCCAUCAGAUUUGUUCCCCGUUCGUGAACAAGAACCCCUCUUAACAACUUUGCUGCGCACAAAAGCUCUGCCUGCUGUUGAGGAAUGGGAAAAUUCAACACUACAAAGUGUUGAGGGUGAUAUUACUGAUGAAGAAGUAAACCAACAGGUUAAUGCGUCGAGCCAACUGUGGGAAGAAGCCCGAACAUUUCUGCUUACGGAAAGAGAGAAUUAUAAUUGGGUCGGAACUGUCACAAGGAAGCAAGAAAAUGAAGGGGAGUUUAGUGAUCAAAAAGAUUUGGAGCAGCAGCGCGUAGCCGAGGAAGCAACUGCUGACACCUCGUUAAUGGAUCUCUUAAGAUUUAUGAAGUCUGGGCGGCGUUAA